AUGGUUGCUACAUCUGUUAACCGUACUGCCCUGCACCCUGGUGGUGUUCAACCCGGCAAGGGCCACACUGAGCUUGAGGAAGAACUUCAUGAACACGCCCACAUUGACUACGACCGCGUUGCUAUUAUUGCGAACCCCUCUGUCGCUGCCCUCUAUGAAGAUGCUCUUGUAUACGAAACCGGUACCGCCAUCACAUCAAGCGGUGCUCUCACAGCCUACUCUGGCGCCAAAACUGGUCGAUCGCCUUCAGAUAAGCGGAUCGUGAAGGAAGAGUCCUCAGAAAAGGAAGUCUGGUGGGGACCCGUUAACAAGCCCAUGACUCCUGAUGUGUGGCGUAUCAACCGUGAGCGUGCUGUCGACUAUCUCAACACCCGUAACCGCAUCUACGUGAUUGAUGGUUUCGCUGGCUGGGAUGAGCGCUACCGAAUCAGCGUUCGUGUCGUCUGCGCGCGCGCCUACCAUGCUCUUUUCAUGCGCAACAUGCUUAUCCGUCCCUCUGCCGAAGAACUCCAGCACUUCCACCCCGACUACGUGAUCUACAAUGCCGGCUCUUUCCCCGCCAACCGCUUCACUGAGGGUAUGACAUCUGCUACCUCCGUCGCCAUUAACUUUGCCGAGAAGGAGAUGGUUAUCCUCGGCACUGAGUACGCCGGUGAGAUGAAGAAGGGUGUCUUCACUAUUCUCUUCUACGAGAUGCCUGUCAAGCACAACGUUUUGACCCUGCACUCUUCCGCCAACGAGGGCCAGAGCGGCGAUGUUACUGUCUUCUUCGGUCUCUCCGGAACCGGAAAGACCACUCUCUCUGCCGACCCCAAGCGUGCUCUGAUUGGUGACGACGAGCACUGCUGGACCGACCGUGGUGUCUUCAACAUUGAAGGUGGCUGCUACGCCAAGUGCAUUGGUCUUUCCGCCGAGAAGGAGCCCGAUAUUUUCAACGCCAUCCGCUUCGGUUCCGUUCUUGAGAACGUCGUCUUCGACCCCAUUAGCCGUGUUGUCGACUAUGACGACUCUACCCUUACUGAGAACACCCGCUGCGCUUACCCUAUCGAAUACAUCGAGAACGCCAAGAUUCCCUGUCUCUCUGACAACCACCCCACGAACAUCAUCCUCCUCACUUGCGAUGCCCGUGGUGUUCUGCCUCCCAUCUCCAAGCUCACCACCGAACAGGUUAUGUUCCACUUCAUCUCCGGUUACACCUCCAAGAUGGCUGGUACGGAAGACGGCGUGACAGAACCUCAAGCCACCUUCUCCUCCUGCUUCGCCCAGCCCUUCCUUGCCCUGCACCCCAUGCGCUACGCUAAGAUGCUUGCGGACAAGAUCUCCCAGCACAAGGCCAACGCUUGGCUCCUUAACACCGGUUGGGUUGGCGCUGGCGCCACCACCGGCGGCAAGCGCUGCCCUCUCAAGUACACCCGUGCCAUUCUCGACGCCAUCCACAACGGUGAGCUCGCCAAGGCGGAGUACGAGACGUACGACGUCUUCAACCUUCACGUGCCCAAGAGCUGUCCCGGUGUUCCUGACGAGCUUCUGAACCCCAAGAACAGCUGGACCGCUUCUACCGGCUUCUCAGAUGAGGUUAACAAGCUCGCCAAGCUCUUCAACGAGAACUUCCAAAAGUACGCCGACCAAGCUACCAAGGAGGUCAUCGCGGCUGGUCCCGUUGUCCAGGAGUAG